UUUUUGGCUUUGCGGUUUCUCUGCUGGCUCGGAGAGGGCUCCUGAGCUGGGUGGAAGUCUGGAAAGGCACUAGACUUCUCUUUGCAGUUGUGUUUGUGUACGACAAGAGGAGCUGGCUUGUCACUGACUUUAUCUCCAGGCUUAGAACACGCGAGACUGAAUAUACAAGUGGACAGUAGACAGACGUAUAUGAAAAUAGAACUUCGACACACAACCUGCCCAGGAAUCCAGCCUCUUAUCUACAGUCAGCAACCCAGGAACCCAGCCCGGUCUAAGUCAGGCUUGCCAGAAGCCAGAUUCCUAUCUCCAGAGACAGUCCAGGAAGCGAAGCAGUGACUUCUGUGACAGUCGCCCCCAGAUGGCCAGGACCAGAUGUCUGUGACCUUUGAUGAUGUGGCCGUGACUUUCACCCAGGAGGAGUGGGGGCAGCUGGACCCCGCCCAGAGGACCCUGUACCAGGAGGUGAUGCUGGAAAACCGUGGGCUCCUGGUGUCUCUGGGGUGUCCCGUUCCCAGGCCUGAGCUGAUCUGCCAGCUGGAGCAUGGGCAGGAGCUGUGGAUGGGGAGGAAGGACUGCUCCCAGAGCCCCUGUCCAGGUGACAAAGGAAAACCCAAAACCGCAGAACCUACCCCUUGUGAGCCAGCCCAGUCUGAGGGAGCCUCACUCAAGGGACAAUUAACACAAAGAGUUUCCAAGGGCUCUCAGUUAGGCCAAACUGGGGAUCAAAAAGGGUCAUUGGAGAUGCAGGAAGGACACUUGAAACCAGAGACAGAGCCCCAGAAGGAGAAGCUCCUUCAGAAACCAAGCUCUGAACAUGGCAGCUUAGGGACAGCUGAUGGUGUGUGUUCAAGGACUGUAGAGGAGCCAGUCCCCCCAGCAGGUGCUGCCCAUGCCCAUGACUUGUGUGGAGCAGGUGGAGAUCUCAUCAUUCAGGAAGAGGAAAAUAUCUUUAAAUGCAACGAAUGCGGGAAAGUUUUUAACAAGAAACGCCUCCUCGCCCGACAUGAGAGGAUUCACUCUGGAGUGAAGCCCUAUGAGUGCACAGAGUGUGGGAAAACAUUUAGUAAGAGCACUUACCUCCUUCAGCACCACAUGGUCCACACGGGGGAGAAGCCCUAUAAGUGCAUGGAGUGCGGCAAGGCCUUCAACCGCAAGUCACACCUCACCCAGCACCAGCGGAUCCACAGUGGGGAGAAGCCCUACAAGUGCGGUGAGUGUGGGAAGGCCUUCACCCACCGCUCCACUUUUGUUUUGCAUAACAGGAGCCACACUGGGGAAAAACCCUUUGUGUGCAAAGAAUGUGGGAAAGCCUUCCGAGAUAGGCCAGGUUUCAUUCGACACUACAUCAUCCACAGUGGUGAGAAUCCGUAUGAGUGCUUCGAAUGUGGCAAGGUCUUCAAACACAGGUCAUACCUCAUGUGGCACCAGCAGAGCCACACGGGGGAGAAGCCCUACGAGUGCAGUGAGUGUGGGAAGGCCUUCUGUGAGAGCGCCGCCCUCAUCCACCACUACGUCAUCCACACGGGGGAGAAGCCCUUCGAGUGCCUGGAGUGCGGGAAGGCCUUCAACCACAGGUCAUACCUCAAGAGGCACCAGCGGAUCCACACUGGGGAGAAGCCCUACGUGUGUGGUGAGUGUGGGAAGGCCUUCACCCACUGCUCCACUUUCAUCCUGCAUAAGAGGGCCCACACUGGAGAGAAGCCUUUUGAGUGCAAAGAAUGCGGGAAAGCCUUUAGCAAUCGGGCAGACCUCAUUCGACACUUCAGCAUCCACACUGGAGAGAAGCCCUAUGAGUGCACGGAGUGUGGGAAGGCCUUUAACCGCAGGUCUGGCCUCACCAGGCAUCAGCGGAUACACAGUGGAGAGAAGCCCUACGAAUGCAUGGAGUGUGGGAAAACCUUCUGCUGGAGCACAAACCUCAUUCGCCACUCCAUCAUCCACACUGGAGAGAAGCCCUAUGAGUGUAGUGAGUGUGGAAAGGCCUUCAGUCGCAGCUCCUCCCUCACUCAGCAUCAGAGGGUUCACACUGGGAGAAACCCCGUGAGCGUGACCGAUGUGGGGAGACCCUUCACAAGUGGGCAGUCCUCGGUUGACCUUCAAGAGCUCCUGUUAGGGAAAGACUUUUUGAAUGUGACCGCUGAGGAAAAUCUUUUGCCAGAGGAAACAUCCUACUCAGAACCUGAUCGUUCAUACCAAAGAGAAAGCCCGCAAUUUCCUUCCCUGUGAGAAAGCCUGUUGGAGGAUGUCAUUUAUCAUCUAAAGAGUCAUGUUAGAGAUUGACCCAACCUAGAGCCUUACUCUACAUCUGAGACUCCAUCUAGGAGAGAGACCCAGUGCUUAUUAUGCAUUUAGGAGAACCUUCAGCUAUGUGUUUCACCUUAGUUUACACUGCAGUGUUAUCUCAGGAAUUUCUUUUUUUUUUUAAAGAAGGGAGAGACUCAGAAUAGAAAAUGAACUACAAAAAAGUUUUUCACACUCCUUGCCAAGCUGUGGCACUUUGUCAUGGUUCCUUAGUUUACUUGGCAGGAGGAGCAUUUUGUUUCCUUGGUACAAGAUCUAGACUCUGUGUGUCUUGUAUAUACAUUCAUUGCUGUCCAGUGUAAGGAGAGUUAGACGGGUCUGGAAACUUCUCAGUGAAUAUCCUUUUUGUUCUAAAUUAUUGUCUCUAUUCUUAAGGACCUUAAUUUUUGUGAGAAAUAGUGGUUUGAGCAAUCAAAUUCCUUUAUAUUUAAGGAGAUGAAAAUCCAGAUAUGGAUGGGCACGUUCUAUUGUACCAAUUAAGACUAUUUAGGCUUUGAUUUUUAAAAGACAAGUCUUUUCUUCAUAUGAUUUUAAAGACCUAAUACUCAGACUUUCUCUUGUUUCUGUACUAUUACUGGUCUACCUGACCGCUGUAGCUAUGUGGUCAGUCUUUUAAUAGGGUAAAGUGAUUCCUCUCUGUUAUUUAAAAUUGAUUUAGCACUCCUUGUUACUUUGAAUUUCCAUGUAAAUUUUGAAUAAGUUUGUCUAUUUUUACAAAAAAAAAAAGACUGAAUUUUGCUAGAAAUUGAGUUACAUUAGCAGAUCAGUUUGUUGAGAGUCAGCAUCUUUGCUGUUUUGAGUCUUCCAAUUCAUGAAUAUAUUAUGUCUCUACAUUUAUUUAA